AUGGAGUGUUCAAGUGCAAAGAAAGAACCAUCGAAACAGAUUUCUAUUUGUCCCUCCUACGGCAUGCGAUCGUGUUCUCGGCUGUGUAACCUGCAGGCGACUACCUUAUGCUUCCUGGUGUUCUCCUGUAUUCUGACCGGUCACUGCGGUGCUGUGUGGUCAAGGACUUCUCCUUCCCAGUUUUUUCAUGGAAUUGAGCCGGAGUACACAUGUGUAUAUGAUGACAUCAACGGCUCUCCAGACCUUCUGAGGAAGAUCAAUGUAGCCUACAAGUACAAGAACUAUCUGUCGAACCAGAAUCAAGCGCUCAAGAGCAAAGUGUCGCAUAGUGCGAGCAUUCCAACCAAGGCUGGUGAGGAAGCCAUGAGCGAGGACACGAUCAUGCUUGGCUCUCUAGAGACAGGAGAGCACCGAACACCGCGGGCCCAGCUAAGAAAGCCUUGUACCGAGUGUGUGCCACCAGUGUUGAAGCAGGAUGAAGAGUUUUGGCACAAGGACGUGGGACAGCGAUACAAAGAGCUGGUCCCUCCCAAGAAGAGGUUCAGCUGCAAGUUGCCGCUUGGAAUGUCAUCUCAAGCAGAUCUGCGAAAAGCUGUACAGGCGGCAUCAGUAUCGAAUUCAGCAUCAAUAUCUCCAACCAACUCCUAUCUUGAUAUUCAGUCUGCUUCAGGAGAAGAACAAAUGCUGGAUGAGGUUGUGUUUGUUACUGAUCUGGACAAGUGCGCAUUUUACGGGAAUGAUGGAAAUGACCUUGGGAUAGCUCUGCAGUGGAUGGAGAAGAGCCCGGAGCAAGUAGUGCAGCUCUACGAAAUCCUGCUUAAUCCCCAGGUCAAAGAGACGUACAAGAAGUUGAAGGCGAAGGCGAAGAAAGUGAAAGUUGUGAUCUACACUAUGCGAGCGACGUUCCUCGUGUACAGAUCGUGUUUCAGAGACCUGGUGAUCCCGCUACAAUGGGAUCCGUCGUGGCAUGAGGGAGCCCAGGUCUUCUUCCCACCGACAGUUAAGACAGCGGACGAUAUCUUAAAGUCUUACUCCACACCUUGCCAGCUCCUGGAGGAGGAGCUUGUCGACAUCAAGAAAUCUCUUGAGAGGCUUCUGGCUACCAGACAGGUGAUUGCCAAAGAGUUGGAACUGGACGAUCUCCCGGAGCUAGUUGUUACCGCUACUCCAAAAGAUCUGGACUCAACAAUGUCCCGUCUGAGGCUCCCCAAAGAAAACGCGUUUCUAUGGGACGACAACCCCAAGUUGAGGGGAAAGCCAAAGAUUGUCAGCGUCGAGCCCUAUGAAGCGCUGCACGAGUCGAAACGAACCGAGCUCCUUGCUUUUCUGGACAGGAAUCUGCCGCCGGAGACGCUAGAAACGGAUCUGGUUGAGUUCAUGCUCAGUGCAGACCCCAGGGAUCAAGUGCUCACACAGGACGAGGAGUCAGGGAGACUCUGCUACCAGAUCCAGAUCAACAACGCGCAAGACUCGUGGGCGCUUCCUGAGUUGUCAUCGAGCCUCUCGAGUAGUGAGAAGGCUGUCGACUCGGACAACAGGGUGAUCUUGUCGGCGCCUUCCAAGGACGGGAACGGGCACCUGUCCCCUGUCACUCCAGACAUCGAGGCACUGGAAAGCACGCACUUCCCGGGGCCUGUGAUACUGAGGGAAAAUCAUCAUGAGGGACUCCUCGGGAAACAAUGCGAGAGGGUGCGAUGA